AUGGACGAAGAGCGUAGGAAGCAGGUGGGCUUAGACGAGGAUGAGAAAAAGAGUUUUUGGGAGGUUUUGUACAAGGUGGUUAGAGGCGUGCCUAGUUCGGAGAAGAUUUUCAUAGGUGGGGAUUUGAAUAGGCAUAUAGGGUCGUUGCCGUUAGGGUACGAUGAUGUGCAUGGGGGCUUUGGGUUUGGGGUUAGGAAUGAUGAGGGAGCUGCUCUUUUGGAUUUUGCGAGGACCUUUGGGUUGGUGGUAGUGAAUUCCAGCUUUUCGGAGAAUGAAGAACACUUAGUUACUUUCCGUAGUAGGAUAGCAAAGAUUCAGAUUGACUUUUUGCUGCUUAGGAAGAGGGGUCGAGCAUUGUGUAGAGAUUGUAAGGUAAUCCUGUAA